AUGGAUUACUUCUCCAAGUUCCUUCGUUCUGGAUCACAGGCACCGCCAAAACCCCCGCAUGAUCAUGCCCUGGAGUUUCACAAGUCAUGGACACUAGUCAAAAAUACCCUCAUGUACCCGGAUGAACGCCAAUUAACGAGAGGUAUCAAGUCAACUGACGUCCCCGCCCAUCUCCAGUCGAUGGUGGACUCGCUAGUUUGGGAGUCAACAAGGACAGAAGAAGGCGCUACCGGUGCUUGUCUAGAAUAUCUACUGAAGAACGAUGUGCUUGGGACCCUUGUCAAACUCAGCGAGUCCGACCGUCCGUUUGGUAUUCAAGCGGAGGUGCUACGUGCCGUCCAGAACAUGGUAGUACUCUUGGACGAACAGUUUCUGGUCCAUUCUGCGGUUCAUAAGGCUGUUCUGCGUCUACUGAGGAAUUGUGCCGGCGACGACCUCCAGGAGCAGCUGGACAACCGUAACAAAGUCAUGGGCGCGGCAAAGAACGCCGUUAGAAGUUCUCCGUCCGAGUAUGAAGAAGAUUUGGUCAAUCUCCUUUGUAUACUGUGCAGUAGGAUCAGAACCUAUAGAGAACUUCUCAUGAUCUUUUUCCAUGACAAACAUUGGUACCGUUCCGAACCUCUGUUCUCCGUGGAAGAGGAAGACGAAGAGGAGGAGGAUGAAGACGACGAGACUCUAGGAGAAGCGGCUGAGUCUGAAGCGUCCAAGCCUCAGCGUCCUCCUUCACCUUCAGGAUCCCAAGGGACCAUCACUUCUGCGCCGGAGUCGUCGGUAACCAAGAAGCCGGAAUACGAGUUCCUCUUAUUCAACUACCUUCUUCGGUUCGUUCAUCGAGAGGGGCAAAUAGGGGAUUUCGCCCGAGCAGGGUUGUUGUUCCUAAUGGAUGUUGCGAUGUCGCCGGGCGAACCAGUCCAUCGGCUGGGCGGGGAUGAGGCUAGAACCCCCACUGCAUCCUCAUCUUCAUCAGAACCUCAACCGGAUCCCAUCGCGGAUGCUGCGCUCGCACUUGCCGAAUACAUCGUCGACGGAGAUUUUUCCGAAGUCCUCGGCGCGGGUCUCAGUGCUGUAUAUUCCCUCCUCCCCUCGAAGCUUGAAGUUCGGCCACCCCCACCUUCCGACGCAGCUCUAGGUAAUGGUAUGCUGAUAGGAAGUACUGGCCCCCUUUCCGAGGAGGAGAAAGAGAAGGAUGAAGCUGAACGAGAUAGAAGGCGGGCCAUGGGCGUAGAGGAUUCCUCUAAUCCCGACUUCAAGGCGCGUUUGGACCACUUCUUGAAACUCCUUGAGUUCUUGCAAGACGUGAUCCGUCGGAACGUCGUUCAUGAAUCCCAUGAUAGCACCCUCGACGCUUCAAACUUAGUGGGAAAUGCGAUAGUCCAGUCCAUCCUGGACGCUAUCCGUCGGAUCUUCUUGGAAAACGUUUUGUAUCCGUCCAUUCUCGAGUGCUCCGAUGCCGACGGGAGUGCUGUGGCCGUCAUGUCUUACAUCGAGACCAUGAUUCGGGAUCUAGGUAACGGAGAGGUGUCCGAUCUACUUGUCAAUUUCUUGACCAGUGAGGAUAACGACGAGAUUGUGCGACCAAGAGCCCGGCAUCAAUCUACGCUGGACCUGGAUGAUCCCCAUAAUCGGAAACCCGUCCAGAGGACGUCGAAAGCCGAGCGACGCAAGAGCAGUGCCAUGAUGCUGCUAGAGAUGGAAGCCCCGGACUCGAAGAAGCAGUCGGAGUACUUCACGUCCAUGGGUCGCUUCACGCUGAAGGACUUGAUCUUGACUAACCUGCGAUCCAAGUCGCAAGCCACAGGCACCGCGGCAUUGCAGUUGUUGCGAUCGAUGCUCCUCCACCAUGGCCACUUAUCCAUCGAGAGAUUGCUCGUAGUAUUUCACGAUCCCAAUGCCACAAGUUAUCCCUUUCCGGCAUUGCUACCGUCAGCAUUGGUCUCCAAGCCGGCAUCGGGACUCGCUGACAUCGAGGAAGAUGAAGAUGAGGAUGAGUUUGUAUAUCCAGGCAGCGAAGAACCUACGUCGUUCAAGUAUUCCGUGGCAUUCCCCCAACCGCAGACGACAUACUCUACACAUGAACGCGAGAUGGGUCUAUAUCUAGCGCUCGUCUCUCGUGUGGAUCCCACGCACAAUGGUGACGCCUUCAGCACGGGAUACGAUCAUUAUCUUAGGGACGCACUAAUUGCAAUCCAGUGCGAUUCAUCAUAUACGCUAGAUGUGGAUGCUGAGACAAGAGCAAAGUUCAAGCAUCGGCUAAACCCCAAUGACCCUAUCCUCACGUUGAUUCUGGAGUCCCUACGAAAGUUCUUUGCCAAUUCACCGGAAUACAACAUGGCCCUCACAGGUGUCCUUGCUACUCUGGCAAUCUGUCCUGACCGUUCACUGGCUGGCUGGUUGACCUUUUCGUCCAACGAGGGAGAGCGAACGCCACCUGCAGACACUGAAGCUGACGUGAUGUCGGGGAAAGACGACGGGGAUGACCGCUCCAUCGAUUUUCGGAUAGAGGAAAGACUAGAAGCUGAAUCGCAUCCAUUACCUGCAUCCGUUUUGGACGAGAACUCCCGUCCUAUCGUUCACACAAUCUUCCACGGGCUGGUAUCUCAGCUCGAGCGAUAUCGGCUGCUUGUGGAUGACUUCGACAAGUAUCUGUUGGAGCGACGCCAGGGUCUACUCUUCUCCGAAAACCUGACCGAUGCUUUGACGCUGGCUCUGGACAUGGAUGGCAACAUCGGCAUGAGUUCGUCGAGGAGUGCGACUUUGGCGCCACCGGAAACCCCUGCAAAGCCGAAACCGAAACCCUCAAAGUCGGCCUCCCUUGUAUCAUUCCUCACGCCGAAGAAGGGCAGAACCAAGUCGACCACUGACCCUGGGACGCCACCCCGCAGGACGGACAAGUCGGUGCCGCCCAGUCCUUUUGCUGCCCACUAUCAGCAGACAAGCACUGUUGCUGUCGAGCCCUUCGCCGCUGCUCCUCCUUCUUUUGGACCUUGGCAGCCCGGUCAAACGAAGAAAUGGGAUACGGAUGAUGACGAUGUAUUCACUGCUUCAAACGCUUGGGGCGACAAGGAUGAUAAUCCUUUCCUGGACCGGGAGCCGAAAGAUGGAGGGAAAGAUACGCCUCGCUCAACUACCAUAACGCUCUCACAGUUAUUGGACAAUGUGGUCAUCUUAGAGGAGUCCAUUAAGGAGCUUGCCGCGAUUAUCCAUGCUCGACGUAGUCUAGGCAUAGAUGCUGUACGAUACCUAUGA